AUGGAAAGCGAAGAUAAUUCCAGACCAGCUGAAGAGCAACUUGUUAAUAUUUCACAAAGUGACCAAAAUUUGGCUGAAGCAAUAGACGCUCCAGUAGUUGGACAAAUAUUCCGUGAUUGGGAGGAAUUGGAUCUCUUUAUUUCUCUUUAUGCAAAAACUCAAAACUUUGUUAGUGUUAUACAUGGAUCUGAAUAUGAUAAGGGAGUUUGUCGAAUUCAUCGAUAUGCUUUCAAUGGAUUGUUAAAAAAAGCCAUUCAAACUGGGUUAGACGCUGGUGCUAUUGCAAUAAAAGAACUUGAAGAAUUCAUGAAUGACUUUAUCAACAAUAAAAUACAACAGAAAGAGGAUGACGAGACCACUUCGAAUUGCAGCUUUAGUAACAAAGAAAAUUUCAUAGAAAUUGAAGAUCCAGUAGUUCAUGCUAGAAGAGAUGAUAAAAAAAAGCCUAGUAUCAAAAAACAUUCAAAUGCACAAAAGUCUAGGAAGCCAACUCAAUGCCAACAGUGUCAGAAUACCGGUCAUAACAAAGCUGGUUGCGAAGCGUGGCACAAACGACAAGGUGUUCCUUAUUUAUAUUGA